AUGUCGCAUCACCUGGCCGUAAAAGCAGGAGCCAAACCAGUGGCACAGAGAAGGAGGAAAAUGUCGCAGGAAAGGGCAGACGAAGUAGCCAAGCAAACGGCCAGCCUCUUAGAAGCGGGAUUCAUCCGGGAAUUGGAUUACUCGACUUGGUUGUCGAAUGUGGUUCUGGUAGAGGCCGCAAACAAAGUCAUCCUUCUUGGUCUAAAGAAGCGCCUAGACAGUAAAAAAGGAAACUGGGCCAACGAAUUCCCCUCUGUCUUAUGGUCCUACCGGACAACCGAGCAAAGCGCCACGGGGGAAACCCCCUUUCGCCUAACCUAUGGGGUCGACGCGGUAAUACCAGUUGAAAUCGGCGAACCAAGCCCCCGACUACUCCUCGCGGGCAUGAGCGAAGCGGUUGAGAAAGACCUGAUCGAAGAAACACGGGAGAUGGCCCACCUAACAGAAACGGCGCUGAAACAAAGAAUAGCCCUGCGUUACAACGCAAAAGUCCGCAAACGAGACUUCGAAGAAGGGGACCUCGUCCUGCGACGCAACGACAUCGGCGUCCCGGCCCCAGGAGAAGGCAAGCUGGCGGUAAAUUGGGAAGGACCCUACAGGGUAAGGGAAGUACUCGACAAGGGCGCUUACAAACUUGAAAAACUGGAUGGCAAGGAAAUACCCAGAACAUGGAACGUGAGUAACCUAAAGAGGUUCUACUCCUGA